AUGGCCGUCCUGCACUUCCGCCCAGUCUCGAGCCUCCAGUUGCUGCUGCUGCUCCUUCUGUCCCCCGCUCGGGACGCAGCCACGGCGCACAGGCCCUCUAACAGCGAGGGGGUCCCCGUGAGCCGUGACGUGGCCUGUGGCCAGCGUCGUGUGCAGGGGAAGGUCCUGGGGGGCGUUGACGCCCCGGAGAAGAAGUGGCCGUGGCAGGUCAGCGUGCACUACAGGGGCUUCCACAUCUGCGGCGGGUCCAUCAUCCAUGAGUUUUGGGUCCUCUCCGCAGCUCACUGUUUCGACAGGAACAGGGAUACGGAGGCCUACGAUAUGUACGUGGGCCUUGUGGACCUCAUGGUCGCAGGCAGCCACACCCAGUGGUUUGAGGUGAACAAGGUGAUCUUACAUCAUUCGUAUGAAGUGCACCACCCUGUGGGAGGCGACGUGGCCCUGGUGCAGCUGAAAACGGCCAUUGUGUUUUCCGAUGCUGUGCUCCCCAUCUGCGUGGCCGCGCCGGACGUGAACCUUCAGAACCUUACCUGCUGGGCUACAGGAUGGGGACUCAUCUCCUCAAAAGGUGACUCCUCAGACCACCUGCAGGAGGUGCAGAUGCCUCUGAUCCCAUUGUUCCUGUGCCAGCUGCUCUAUGGGCACACAUCAUUCAUUCAGCCGGACAUGAUGUGUGCAGGGGACCUCAUGAACGUGAAGACUGUGUGCGAGGGUGACUCUGGGGGCCCACUCGUCUGUGAACUCAACCGCGUCUGGGUGCAAAUUGGAAUAGUGAGCUGGGGCCGUGGCUGCCUAUUCCCAGUGUAUCCUGCCGUGUAUGCCCGAGUGUCCUAUUUCUCAACAUGGAUCAACUAUCACAUAGCACACACACCUCCACCUCCUCAGCCGCUCCCCACACUCUCCUGCACUCUGGGGGCCUCUCUCAGUGUGCUUGUGACCGUGAUGGCCUUCCUGCCAAUGCUGUGA